ACCUUUGUACCUCUGAUUAAAGGUGCUGCUGGAGAAGCUGCUGAGGUCCUGCCCUGAGGUCAAAAGUGUCUACGUGAUGGUCAGGUCAAAAGCUGGUCAGAACCCUCAGGCCCGCGUCGCCGACAUGGUCAACUGCAAGCUGUUUGAAAGAUUGCAAGACGAGCAGCCGGGCUUCGUGGAGAAGAUCAUAGCGGUGAGCAGCGACCUCACGCUUCCCGAGCUGGAUCUGAGUAAAGAGGAUCAGAACAUCCUCGCCGAAAACGUCAACAUCGUUUUCCACUGCGCCGCCACCAUCCGCUUCAACGAGCCUCUCAAAGAUGCAAUGCAGCUGAAUGUCCUGGCCACCCAGAAGAUGUUGGCACUGGCCCACCGGAUGAAGCACCUGCAGAUUUUCAUUCACAUCUCCACAGCCUAUGCCAACUGUGACCGAGAGCUCAUUGAGGAAAUCGUCUACUCUCCGCCCAUAGACUACCGCAGACUCAUCGACUCUCUGGACUGGAUGGAUGACGAGCUCGUGUCUGCUAUGACUCCCAAGCUGAUUGGGAAGCGUCCCAACACCUACACCUUCACCAAAGCCUUGGCGGAGUACAUGGUGCAGCAGGAGGCCGGAGACCUCAACGUAGCCAUCAUCAGACCUUCCAUAGUCGGAGCAAGCUGGAAAGAACCUUUCCCAGGUUGGAUUGAUAACUUCAAUGGACCGAGUGGAAUAUUCAUUGCAGCCGGUAAGGGGAUCCUGCGUACGAUGAGGGCGUCCAAUGAUGCGGUGGCUGACCUGGUGCCUGUGGACGUGGUCAUCAACGCCACGUUGGCGGCAGCUUGGUACUCUGGAUCACAGAUGCUCAACAGGCCAAGAAACAUCCUUGUUUACAACUGCACGACCGGUGGGAUCAACCCGUUUCACUGGGGCGAAGUCGAGUACUGUAUAAACAUGACCUUCAAGACCAAUCCCUUAGAGCAGGCCUUCAGAAGGCCCAAUGUCAAUCUGCGCUCCAACCCCUUUACUAAUCAGUACUGGACCACGGUCAGCCACACGCUGCCGGCUCUGCUCUAUGACGGCUAUCUCAUGCUGACAGGCCGCAAGCCCCGGAUGAUGAAGACAAUCACUCGUCUCCACAAAGCCAUGAUGGUCCUGGAGUAUUUCACCAGUCACUCCUGGGUGUGGAACACCGACAACGUCACCAUGCUGAUGGGCCAGAUGACCCCCGAGGACAAGAAGGUGUUCAACUUUGACGUGCGUCAGCUGCACUGGGCCGAAUACAUGGAAAGUUACUGCAUGGGCACCAAAAAAUACGUCCUGAACGAAGAGCUGUCGGGCUUGCCCGCUGCACGCAAACACCUCAACAAGUUGAGGAACAUCCGCUACUCCUUCAACACCAUCCUGGUGGUGCUCAUCUGGCGCGUCUUCAUCGCCCGAUCCCAGAUGGCCCGAAACAUCUGGUACUUCGUGGUGAGCCUCUGCUUCAAGUUCCUGUCGUACUUCAGAGCUUCCUCCACCAUGAGAUAAAGAGGCUGGGACGUUGGGGGGUGGGGGCAUGAUGGGUGGGUGAGUGGUGGAGGGGAUGAUGAGAGGUGCUUGAGCUUGAAGAUCUCAAGGUCGAGGAUCAAACGAACACAGACGGAGCUCCUGGGCGAGUCCACAGCCGUCUACAUGUCGCAUAUCUCCAAUCUGUUACUAAAAAAGAGGGCUUCCUGCCCUCGUUCUGUUCAUUUCUGGUCAAUCCAGCAAUCCUUAAGCUCCAGGGAACCUGCUCCACCUCGUCCGCCUGCUUCGCCUGCCUGCAAAACAAAGCUAUGCAUCGGACGACAGCUGGUUUUGAGUCGGCCCAGGCUUCCUCUUCUGUAUAUUUAACUCUCAUCGAAGAACUCCCAAUGACCUUUUCGAAAUGUUGUAAAAACCGGUUGUGAGAAUCAAAAACGAGCAGCUUUUCGGGGGAGGUUUCGAGCUGGUUUUGCACAUUUCGGUUGAAGGACGACUCCACCGACUCAGUGAACCAAAGCCAUUUCAACCGAUGUUUGGCGUUGCACUGACAGCUUGGUGUCCUUGCUUGGCGACCUUUUCGCCCACCGAUUCCCGCUUGGCAAAGACGCUCAACAACAACAACAACAACGCACUCUCCUGUAUGUUCCCCAAUUUACGACCAAGCACAAUGUAGACGGCUUUAUCCAGUGCCUACGAACUGAUCAUUCUUGCAUCAGCAGCUUCUUCUUCUACAGUUAUUUUUUUGUUGGUCUCGAAACUAUUUUUUGCCAAAAUACCUCUUAGCUAUCAGACUCAUAGCUCGACAGAGGAUGAGACGAGUGAGGUUGAGAGCUUUUGUCUUUUCUCCCAUCAUGCUUUAGAUUCGGCACAUCAAGUCGCGGACUUCUCGUCUUCAUCGUCCUUUGUUACGACGCUACUCGUUUACUUUUCCUACACGUGUGUGUGCGUGUUUUAUAGGUCAUAUCCGUCAUGUUACACAUUCGUUUAAUGUGUGUGUAUACGCAGGAUUUCUCACGUGGUGUUAAACUCUCAGAUCUGUUGCCUUUGUUACGUCAGAAAUUUGCCUUUUUCGUACACGAAACGUGACGUUUUUUUCAUCACAUGUCUGACUUAUUUUUGAUAGGAAUGAACCGUCGUUGCCAUAUUAAAUCGUCACUUGACUCACCUGAGGUUUACCUGUCCAUAUGCGUCAGGCAGGGCACGCUGAUCUUUUUUAGGUUUGUCGUGCUUGCAUGCAUCUAAGGAAUGUGAUUUAUUUUUUUUUCACGAGUUGCGUUGACAUAGGAUCAUGCGACCUUUUUUUUUGUUUGUUUGUUUUGGAAAGUGUGAAUCGUGCCUGAACCUUUUUCGAUAUUCUAACAAUGUGAAAAGAGAGCAAUCAGAUCUAUGUUUUCUAAUUAUUUUGUGUACAGCUCUAUUUAGGUAGGACUUCAGAAUAUAACAGAACAGAUGUAUUUUUAUGCUAACGACAUCGCGUGGCUAUUUUACCAACUUAAAACGAAAAAAGCUUCACCGACUUCAGCUGCUGUAAAUAAAAUAAAUAUGUUAAGUGAGAUGAAUUUAACUGUUUGCUUGUGUAUGUAAAUGUUUCUUCUCUCUCUCUCUCUGAAUGUAAUAGAUUAACUCAGCCUGACUCGUUUGCACAGCCUGAAUCUUCCUCCCGGAAACGAGAAAUUAGCAUUUAACAAGUUUGCCUGUAAUUUUUAAUAUUAAGCAAGUUCAUCGGAGUGCUGUGAGAUUUAAAUUUUUUUGUUGCCGUUAUAACUCCAUUUUGCUCGUGACGGUGUGAGUGCGUAGGUCAUGGUUUUGUGAUGGUGAACGCUCUUGUUUAGUGUUGUAGAUGGGGUGAGGUGAGGGGGAUGCAGGCGUGUUUAAUUCAGGGUUGUUUUUUUUUCUCUUCACGUUCUUGUGAUUCGAGAAGUGACAAACAGGUUUUUGGGUUUUGUUUUGUUUUCUUCCCAUGUCAGGAACUACUGAAUCAUACGGAUAGUUUGUAACACUAGCAUUAACUCCACCUGGAACAAAUCCUGAAGUCGCGUCGAUCCAUUAUUCAAAUCAUUUUCAAAAUAUUCUUCAACUGUCGAUGGAUUUUAUUUGCUUUCUUGCUGUGAGUUAAAUGAGAAGAUUGAUAGUAAAAUAAUCAGCUACAGCCAGCAGCUGUUUCUGCUUAACUUUACUUAUCUUGGCAUAAAGACUGGAAACGGGAGGAGGUUUCUAGCUUUGCUCUGUACAAUGGUAACAAACCUCAGCAACAUGUUUGCUUUUGCGAUUUUGUACAGAUUAAACGAGGAGAUUCAGCAUCAGGUUCAGGGUUGUUAACUUAGCUUAUGCUGAGCUAAAGAAACAGGUUGUUGGCUCCAGGCAUGAGUAGUAUCAAUCUUCUCGUCUAAAAAUCGGCAACAAAGUGAAUUAGCAUGUCAGACUUCUUUCUUUUCAAACAUAGGAAAAAUAUAUCCUGAAGUACUUGGAGAGAUUAACAGUUAGCAGCUAACCUGCGUCAUCAGGACUGUGUGGAUGUGGUUGGAUCAGAUUUGGGUUCAAAUGAGGCUAAAUUCAGAUCUGUACACAAACAAAAACACUGUCUUAAUUAGCUAAUGUUAAUUAGUGAGGUUUAGAGGCGCUAAUGGAGCCAUGUUUCCAGUCUUUACGCUAAGCUAAGCAAACAGGUUGUUGGCUCCAGACAUGAGUGGUAUCACUGUUCUCGGCAAUAAAGUGAAUUAGCAUGUCAAACUAUCCCUCUUUUAAAGAUGGGAUCAGCAACAGGACUUAGCUUAGCAUAAAGGCUGGAAACUUGGGGGAAAAUUCGUAGCUUAGCCCUGUCCAACGAUAACAAAGUCCUCCUGAGACGCUCAGACGAACUUCUCAUGGGUUAACCAAAACUGUUCGGUCAUAUUGAACCCCUAUGUUCAGUUUGUGGGAUUUAGUGGCGUCUAGUGGUGAGGCUGCACAUUGCAACCAACUGAAUACACCUGGCCUCACUUUCCAAAACCUGUAAAAAGAUGGUGGACUUUGUGGAAGAAGACCCAGCUCAUGUUUCUGCCAGUAGAUCCUCCUAAAUCUUUCAGACUGGACAGGUGAACAAUUUGAAUAAUGGAUCGCAUUUUAGGACUUCAUGUGGAUUUGACUCUUUAAUGCGCUGUAUAUUUUUUUUAAUUUUCCCAUCAGACUAAAAUGCUCUUUUUCUUACAGUUAUUUAAAGUUUAAAAACCUGUUGAUGCACUGUUGUUUUCAUGUAGAAAUGUUACCAGAGAUUCGAACCUGUAUCAAUCACUUGCGAGCAGCAGCAGUUGGUCAACAUUGUGUCGACAUCGGGUUCGUUGGGUUCGGCUGCACUUGAGUGUUUUCUUCCGAGGUUGUGGUUGCGUUCAGAUUGGUUCCAGUCUCAAUGUUCAUUAUUUUUUGGUUUCAAUGUGUUCAUGUGGUUCUCGAGGCAACUCCUGUUUAAUUGCCCCUACUCUGAGGUCACCGUGUUGUCCUCAGGAUGGAGGAUGAGGAGUUCUCGCUUCAGUCAUUGUCAAUGUGAAACUCCAAAAAAAAAAAAGAAAAGGAAAAACAAUAAAUCAAUGGGUGCCUUUUGUUUGUAAACCAAAAAGAAGGAAUAAACUGUCUUUAAUCCUCA